AUGGUCAACAUCGACCAUGACGUCGGGUACGGCCCAGAUGACGGCGACUUGGGGAGACCGGCCGCCCACGCGCCGUUGACAUCUCGUAAUUAGAGAUAUCGGGCCUGAGAAAUGGGAGUGGCCCACCGGGAUGCAGCCCGCGACUGCUGGGUCCGGCCCAUGACUCGGGAGGUGGUGGGCCUUGGGAGUUGAACGGACGGUCACGAUUUUGUGUCAGCUCCAAGAAGGGAGGAUUAGGGUUCAACCCGGAACUAUAUAGUCCCCCCUGGUUCCGCUUGCUUUUUUCUCCUAAUUCCUCUGCUCUCCCGCUGUCCUUGCUCGGCAGAGACGGGCAGCCCCGACAGGUAACAAUCAGCCUCGGGUACCCCGAAGCCGAGGUUUAGUGACUCCGUUUCGCCUUCUCGGCGCCCCUCAGGAUUUUAGGACGGCUUCCGUGGGUUAAAUUGUGAGAUUUUUAUUGUUUUCUGAGCAGCUAUUGCCGCUGCAGGAGAUGGCCGACUGCCCCAACUUUAAGCUCGUCAUCGUCGGGGAUGGGGGGACGGGUACCUCCUCACUCUUAUCCAUUUUUUUCCCUUCCUUUACAGUCAUUCUCUUCCUCUACGGCUACACGUCCCAUUGUGGCUAUUUUGACCGUGCAUGUAACAUUUCGGUUCUGAACAUCCCGCUUCACCUUCCCCAGUGCUCGGGAGAGCGCAUGGGUGUUUGCACCGUCAUUUUUAAUUAUUUUUUGUGCGAAAUGGAGGUCGACUAUGCGUUUUAAGAAUGACGGAUUCGCUGUUCUCGUCGCCUUCUGUAAUUUUAUGGAGAAAAUUCCGGUGCUCAGGUCAUCUUUCUUUCUGAAACUCGUAAAAAGCUUAGCAUUUCAUCCUUAUAAACUCGGGUCAUCUUGACUAUAGUAGAUAACCAUUGGGAAUUAACAUGUGGGUUUUAGAUUGGGUUGAGUAAAGUAUCGCCGGCUGGUGGAUAGAUGUGACCUCUAAACAACUUCACAAAUGCUUAAUUCAAAACUUCCAAGCCUGUUCAAAGACGACAAGUACAAAAUGUAGUUAACACUCUUCCUUGGAGAUAACGAUGUCCUUCGUGUAAACCUAUGCACACCGACUUUUUAACUCUUAAUUCUUUUACUCAAGCCUUUCAUCCUUUUUCCAAUGUUCAAUUCUGCGCUCGUGUCAUUCUUAUUCCAUUUCUCUGAGAGAUAAUUCCGUACGAUAGGUUUAUCCUGAAAAUGUCAGUAUCUCAAUCACUCGUUAAUGGGUAAAAAAUAUGAUCAUUGCCGCAAUUGGAGCCUAAUUUUCAUUAGGGAAAUUCAAGGCAUGCACAUUUUUGUUUCAACUCCGAAUUCAUAAGGUUGCUUUAAAUUGAAACCAGGUAAAUGGAAACACUAGAAUAUUUGAAUGAUUUUAUUUAACUGGUGAGCACCGAAGCUUCAUAGAACUGGAGAAACGUAAUUGAGGGACCACGAUAACAGAAGAGGAUGCCUUCUUGACGAGUUUCAUUCCACGUGUAUGUUUUUACUAGAAUUCUUUUGUCCUCAUUCCUGUUGCUGUAAACUCUGAUUGCCUUCCGUAUUCGAGAUUUGUUCGUUCUACUCCACCACCGUAUUUACUGAGUUCAUCAUCGAUGUAGGUCAAAAAAAUUCCAAUUAAUCUGGUUUUGCAGGGAAAACGACUUUUGUGAAACGUCAUCUAACCGGCGAGUUUGAGAAGAAAUAUGAACGUAUGUUUAUUAAAGCUCAAUCACAUACGCAACCCUUUUCAUGGACAUGGGAAGUUCAUCAUUUCUUUAUCUGCUUUCUAUUUUUUUUAAUAUUGCUUUGCAGCUACUAUUGGAGUUGAGGUCCAUCCCUUGGAUUUUUUUACGAAUUGUGGAAAAAUUCGUUUCAAUUGCUGGGACACCGCUGGUCAAGAGAAGUUUGGGGGCCUUAGGGAUGGCUACUAGUAAGAUUUCUAUUGUUUAUAAAAGUAUUAAUGACUAAAAUUUUUAGCUCCUGCCAAGUUGUUCCAUAAAUAGUUGACGUCUUCUUUAUCUUACUAUGUUCCUCUUUCCUAGAUGAUAAUUCAGUGGUAUUCUUCAAUAAGUUUCCAUGCUAAAGUUAAAUAACCUCAUAUUCUCUCCGUCUCAAUCACAGUACCCUCUCCGGAGUUAAUAAAUCCAUUAAGCUUUAGACAGGUUCACAUAUCACGUUUAUUACCAUUUCUUAAUCUUGACAGCAUAUUCGCAGGCGCAAAUAUUAUAAUUAUAUUCAUCUUCGAUCCACGUAUACCAGGAUGGCUAUCCAUUAUUACGAGCGCAGGCGUAUGAGCAUAGACAUAUACAUCGAUACCAUCCCCUUUUUAGAUCUCAUGAUAUAAGGUCUCGCGAUUUUUUGUUUAUAUUUGCAUGAGUUUAGGCAAGCUGUUGUUGUGCAUCGUCUCCAAGAAAGGUUAUGUGCAUGUUCAGCUUUUAGAUAACGUUAUGUGCUCAAUUUAAGCAUCAUCAGAUGAUGCUCUCGUGAAAUGAAUUACUUGCCCGUAUGCAUGUGAUUGCUUAGUUUGCUAGUUGCGGUUACCUACGUCGUCUGCAUCUGUUGAAGGGUAAAAAAUCCCUUCUCUAAUGUUUGACUGCUUUCUCCGUGCAGUAUUAAUGGGCAAUGUGCGAUCAUCAUGUUUGAUGUCACGGCUCGAUUGACGUACAAGAAUGUACCCACAUGGCAUCGUGAUCUUUGCAGGUUGGUGCUGAACGGUCUUCAAAUCGUCCUGUCCGUGCGUUCACGCUUCCGGGUCCACUGAUAAAUUGUUGUGGAACAGGGUGUGCGAGAAUAUCCCAAUCGUCCUGUGUGGCAACAAGGUUGAUGUCAAGAACAGGCAGGUGAAGGCGAAACAGGUGACUUUCCACAGGAAGAAGAACUUGCAGUACUACGAAAUCUCUGCGAAGAGCAACUACAACUUUGAAAAGCCGUUUCUUUAUCUCGCCAGAAAACUUGCUGGGUGAGGAGCCUUCAUUCUAACCCUCGAGCACAGCUCCUGUACCGCUUGGCGUUCAUUCCGUCGCCUGUCGUUCUGAUAUUCAAUUUGUUUAGGGAUCCAAACUUGCACUUCGUCGAGUCUCCUGCCCUUGCCCCUCCCGAAGUACAGAUCGACCUGGCUGCCCAGCAACAGUAAGUGCUACAUUUGCGAUCGAUACUCAUCAUCGUCUCUUUUUUCUUUGUUUCAUCAUGCCUAAUAGUUUAGGAGUAAAAAAAACUUUAUCUAGUCUCACUUUCACGUCUUCUUAGUUAGUCUAUCAUGGAACUUAAAUUUUUCAGCACCCACCCUAGAGAGUAUCGUGGCACCCAUCUCAUUCAUUCUGUGCAGACAACUGUAUGUCCUUGUGAUCACCAUCUGCUGAAGCGGUGCCUGGAGCAGUAGUUUCUGCUUGGCUUUCAAGGGAUACCGUCUGUAGAACGUAAUAUCUUAUCUACAGCGAGAUAUUUAGUGCCAACGAAUGGACUGUAAGAUUCAUGCUUCAAAUGGCUGAAAGUAAUUGGACAAGUAGAAUGAUAAGAGGGAGGGAGAGUUGAGGAAGACAAUGAAGGCUCUGAUAAUUCAGUAAAGGUGACGAGGAGUCGUACAGUGGGUCGCGUCGAACUAGCUUAAUGUCCACAGUCAUCACCCCCAACAGCGCUUUUGAUAGCCCCUGUUUCGUUUGUGUUUUCUUUCCAUGAUCCCGUGGAUCUGCAUCUAACCCAGUUCGACGCUGUCUCUGCCAGGCAAGAGGCUGACCUCGCCGUCGCAGCCGCACAGCCGCUCCCAGAUGACGACGACGACGCCUUCGAUUGA